AUGGACAGACUAGAGACGCAACCAUUUCCAGCCGACAGCAAGCAAACCAAUCUUGCUGCGAAACGCUCAGCUCCUAAAGAGCUCAAUCCUGCUAGGGAUAACAAGAGAGUAAAAGACUUAUCUACCGGGUGGGAACAGGGAGAUAUCAAACUUCCAACUCCAAUUCGAAGGGUCCCUUUCCCAGACAAACCCGCAGUUUUGGAGGAGCGCAAUGGCGAAAUUGAAUACCGAGUUGUCAACAAUGACGGGUCCAGAGAAAGCAUGAUUGUCCUCACUGGUCUGAAGUGCCUAUUCCAAAAGCAGCUUCCAAAAAUGCCGAAAGACUAUAUCGCACGUCUCGUUUACGACCGCACUCACUUGUCAAUCGCCAUUGUUAAAACACCUCUAGAAGUCAUUGGUGGGAUAACAUAUCGACAAUUCUCAGCUCGCAGGUUUGCCGAAAUCGUUUUUUGCGCUGUCUCGGCUAGUCAGCAAGUGAAAGGAUAUGGAGCGCAUAUUAUGGCCCAUUUGAAAGAUUAUGUUAAAGCGACUUCCCCUGUGACUCACUUUCUGACGUACGCCGAUAAUUAUGCUACCGGAUACUUCCAGAAACAAGGCUUUACUAAGGAGAUCACUCUUGACAAGUCUGUUUGGAUGGGAUAUAUCAAGGAUUACGAAGGGGGAACUCUUAUGCAAUGCUCUCUCGUUCCUCGGAUACGGUAUCUCGAAGUUGGCCGUCUGCUCAUGAAGCAGAAAGCAUCUGUUCUGGCCAAGAUUCGUACUUUCAACCAAAAACACAUCAUCCACCCACCGCCUGAGCAAUGGGCCGGCGGCGUCAUCACCCCGUUGAAUCCACUAUCCAUCCCGGCUCUUCGGAAGACUGGUUGGUCCCCAGAGAUGGACGACCUUUCACGGGAACCACGCCGUGGACCACAUUACAACGAACUUCGCCGGUUUCUGAAUCAUAUCCAAAACCACAAACACGCCUGGCCCUUUGCCAGUCCGGUGAACAGAGACGAAGUCCCUGAUUAUUACAAUGUCAUCACAUCACCAAUGGACUUGUCAACUAUAGAGGAAAGAUUGGACGGUGAUACUAAUACCUACGCCACCCCGAAAGAGCUUGUCAGCGAUCUCAAGUUAAUGUUCAGCAAUUGCCGUCAGUACAAUGACCCUGCAACAGCAUACAACAAAUGCGCAGUCCAACUGGAGAAGUAUAUGUGGAGACUCAUCAAGGAUAUUCCGGAGUGGCAUAGCUUACUUGAAGAAUGA